AUGCGAACUCAUCUUGCUGAAGAAGUACAAGGUGACAAUAUAUCUGUUCGAGGAUCAUCAACAGAACCGGUAUUGACUCCGGCUGAAGCAGCCGCAGUCGCAGCUACACCACCACUUCAAUCUCGUCGAGAACCGAGAUCCGAUGAGGCCGACGUUGACUGGUUUGCACAGCCAGGCACACAUUGGUGUCCUUGGAAUUCUAACAACUGUUCGAAUACACUCUCCAUUCGUGGUCAAGGUACUAUUGAAAUCAUAGAAUUAGAACCAACGCCAUUUGAGAUAAAACUAUCAAAUAGGUCAGACCCUUAUGAUCGAUCUGCUUAUAAAAUUGUUCUUACAGUUGAUAAACAUGAAGCGAAAUUGAGCGCAAACAAUGUCGUACUUGAUGUGUCCACUGAUCCACAUCAUAUACUCCAACCAAGCGAUGAAAAAUGGCAUACGUACUGGUUGAGUAUAUUUAAAGAUACUCGACAAGUUAGAUAUGGAAUUGGAGAAACCCGUUUAAAUUUUACUAUCUACGAUAAUUGUCUUCCAGAAAAUGACUUACCUUCUAUUCGUGAACUCUAUUAUUUGCAUAUUAAGUUAAAUAAUAAUGAUCGAAUGCUCACCGAAUUGGGAAAUUCUCGUAAAAAUUUUCGCUUUUUCAUUGGCAAAGAGCCGAUCGUGUACGAUCCACCAUUAAUCGUCGUACCCCAAUCGAGCUAUACGCUCGAACAUGCCGCGAUGCAUACAGCUAUUGCACCAUCGAAACUGGAAAAACCAUGCCGUGAUUUAUAUGAUAGUAUUAUCAAUUUUACAUUGAAUGAUGAUCAAUUUCCUGAUUUUGUUCGUGCUAUUGAACGUAGUCUCAAGAAUCCCAACGGAUGGUGUCAUCGUAAAUUGAUCGAAAAAGCAAAUCGAUUUGGUCGACCGAAUCCAAAAGCUACUUAUUUACGUAUUACAAUAGGUGAACGAGAAGGACAGUCACCCGGUCAUGCAUAUGUUAUUGAAAUUUGGCCACCGGGACAUUACAGUCCUGUACAUAAUCAUAGUAAUGCUUAUGGUAUUAUUCGAGUACUUUAUGGUCGUAUUUUAGUCAAGCUUUAUCCGGAUCUAACACUAAAUGUUCGUGAAGUUGCACCAAUUGAACAAAUCCUUGAAGAAGGUCAAGUAACAUGGAUGUUACCCAGACUUAAUCAAACACAUCAAGUUAAAAAUCCAGAUUUGUAUGGUACAUGUUGUAUUACACUUCAAUGCUAUCAAUAUGGGCCAGAGGAUCGACAACAUUAUGAAUAUUUCGAUUAUCUUGCUAAUGAUGGGUGCAGUAUUGGUCAUUUCGAUCCUAAAUCAGACAUGGAUUAUGCUGAAUUCAAGCAGAGAAUGCGACAAGAAUGGCAAUCAUCAUAA